AUGUCGGACAACCCUGUCUACUUCUCUAGAUAUGCAGUUCCGAAUAAAUUGCCUGGCAAAACCGUGUCGGUGUUGGCCCAUCGCAAACGUCGUAUUCUUCAGGAUAAGGCCACAUUGGAACAAAAGAAACGCCUAAAAACCGAACGCAUUGCCAAAGCCAGGAAGCAUCAUAAAUUCCGCCGCGCCGAAUCGUUUGUUAUGAAUUAUCUUAAAGCGGAACGUACAGCGAAUCGUAUCAAACACACUCUGCGGACCACCAAUAUUUGUGACACCAACGAUUCGACACAGGUCAAUCAGAAACUGUUGCUGGUUAUGAGACACGCUGGCAAAAAGAUUUUCGAUGAGACAACAAAUAAAAUUAUGAAAACAUUGGGAAUGACACAUCGCCAUCAUACCGUUUUCCUGGAGAAUAGCAAAGAAAAUCAAAUACUGUUGAAAGUCAUCGAACCUUUUGUGGUGUAUGGAUAUCCCAGUAUUGCCACCAUUCGUGAAUUGGUAUUCAAGAAGGGUUUUGCCAUUGUCAAUGGUAAAAAGACACCGAUUCAAUCGAAUACUAUGAUUGAGGAACAUCUGGGUGAUAAGGGUAUCAUUUGUCUGGAAGAUAUCAUUCAUGAAAUAUUCACGGUGGGACCAAAUUUCGAUGCUGUUAAGGGAUUCCUGUGUUCAUUUUUGUUAUCAAGUCCUCGUGAUGGUUGGAAAAAUAAAGUAUCCGUUUCAUAUAAACGUGGUGGUGAAUAUGGCGAUCGUGGCACCGGUAUCAAUGAUGUGAUACAACGUUGUAUAUAAAAAUAUCAA